AUGCACACAUUCCUUCUUCUGCUCCCGCUGAUCACCGCGACACACGCAUUCCAGAUCCCCUUCUUCUCCCGUCACCAGGCCCCGCUCUCUCCUGCACAAGUCACACAACCCGCGGAGCCGCCGAACAAGAUCGCGGUUAUUGGAGCGGGCGCGGGCGGGUCGUCAGCGGCGUUCUGGAUCGCGAAGGCGCGCGAGCGGUUCGGGCUCGACGUCGAGGUGGACGUGUACGAGCGGAGCGGGUAUAUCGGCGGACGGAGCACGGUGGUGCACCCGUACGGGGACGCGGCGUACGAGCCGGUGGAGCUCGGCGCGUCCAUCUUCGUGGGUGCGAACAAGAUCCUCUGGCGGGCGACGGACGAGUUCGGGCUCGAGCGCAUCGACUUUGGUGACGACGACGACGGGGUGAUGGGUAUCUGGGACGGCGGGGAGUUCGUCGUCGAGAACGGCGGAGGCUUCUUCGGCGGGUGGUGGAACACCCUGAAGGCGCUCUGGCGGUAUGGCUACCACGCACCGCGGAAAACGCAAGCUCUCGUCCGAUCGAUGGUGUCGGACAUGCUCACGCUGUACGCACCGGGCACGCCGGGCUUCCCCAACAUGACCGCGCUGGCAGACACGCUCGGAUGGGCGGGCGUCAUCGCGCAGACGACGACGGAGUACUUUGACCUGCAGGGCGUGGACCGCCGGUGGACGCGGGAGGUGAUCGACGCCGUCACGCGCGUCAACUACGGGCAGAACGCACACAGGAUCCACGCGCUGGAGGGCAUGGCGUCCCUCGCGGCGACGGGCGCGACGAGCGUCAAGGGCGGGAACUUCCAGCUCUUCGAGCAGUUCCUUGCGCGGAGCAACGCGUCCGUGCACCUGAACACCUCCGUGACGAGCCUCGUGCCGACGAAGCACGGCUGGGUGCUCACCAGCAGCAGCAGCAGCAGCAACUCAGACGCAAGCACGGCACAGACGCAGACAUACCGCGGCGUCGUGCUCGCCGCGCCGUUCCACACGAGCGCGCUCGCGCUCCCGGCGGCGGUAGCCGCGCUCGUGCCGCCGCAGCCGUACGUGCACCUGCACGUCACGCUGCUGAGCACGCGCACGCCGCGCCCGUCGGCGGCGUACUUUGGGGUCGCGCGCCCGCCGACGGAGGUGCUCACGACGAGCGCGGGGGCGGAGCGGGGGGGCCGCGCGCCCGAGUUCAACUCGCUGACGUACCACGGGCGCGUGCGGCGGCGCGACGGGGAGGAGGCGGUGCCGGAGGAGUGGGUGGUCAAGAUAUUCUCCCGGGAGCGCGUGGGGGACGCGUGGCUGGAGGGCGUGUUUGGGGAUGUGGGGUGGGUGCUGCGGAAGGAGUGGGAUGCGUACCCGGUGCUGCGGCCGACGGCGAGGUUCCCGCCGAUUAGGCUUGCGAAGGGGCUGUACUACGUGAACGCGUUCGAGCCGUUCAUCUCGACGAUGGAGACGGAGGCGCUCGCGGCGCGCAACGCGGUGGGGCUGCUGUUGAGCGAGGAGUUUGGCGCGGGGGUGUGUCCCGCGCGUGCUCCCGUUGGCGAGGGCGAGGAGGGCGAGGAGGGCGAGGAGGGGGAGGGCGAAAAGAAGGGGUUCGUGUUUGGGUUUGAUUGUUGA